UAAAUUAUUAUAUAAAAAUGAAUAGAAGCUAGUAAAGUGUGUGUUUGCCUCAUUCCUCAGUCCUUGUCUUGGUUUUCUGCUACUUUUGCCUGUGAAAAUCCAAGACAUAGCAGAUAGAUGAUUCCUUAGCCAUUUGAUCUCUCUAACAGCCUUUCUACCUAUGAUACUAUCUUGAUCUUGCUCCCUCUUUCCUACGGCAUUCACCCCACCUUGUUGUUCUUUCCAUUUUUCUGACUUGCUCCUUUUUUCUCUCAAACACUUCAUUUCUUGAGUUUUUUCACCAAGUUUGUUAGGGAGAUUUACACAAUGGCCAAACACUUUCUUCUGCUUCUUUUUGCAGUAUGCGUUGUUGCUAUUGAUGAAGAACCAUUUAUAGGGGUGAAUAUUGGAAGAGACCUCUCAGAUAUGCCUCACCCCACUCAAGUAGUAGCACUACUUAAAGCACAGCAAAUUCGACAUGUUAGGUUGUAUGAUGCUGACCAAGCUAUGCUCAUUGCCCUUGCAAACACAAGAAUUCAAGUUGCUGUAUCUGUCCCUAAUCAAGAGAUCCUAGCAAUUGGUCAAUCAAAUACCACAGCAGCAAAAUGGGUUUCCCAUAAUGUGAUAGCACAUUACCCUGCCACUAAUAUAACAACUAUUUGUGUUGGUUCUGAGGUCUUAACUACCCUCCCCUAUGCAGCGAAAGUGCUUGUCAGUGCCCUUAAGUUCCUUCACUCAGCACUUGUUGCUUCCAAUCUUGAUCACCAAAUCAAAGUCUCAACACCCCUUUCCUCCUCCAUGAUCCUUGAUUCAUUCCCACCUUCACAAGCCUUCUUCAACCGCUCGCUGAAUCCGGUCUUGGUUCCAAUGCUUGAUUUCUUGCAAACCACUGACUCUUAUCUCAUGCUCAACAUCUACCCUUACUAUGACUACAUGCAGUCAAAUGGUGUGAUUCCAUUGGACUAUGCACUCUUCAAACCACUCCCUCCAAACAAAGAAGCCAUUGAUUCUAACACCCUUCUCCACUACUCCAAUGUGUUUGAUGCUGUGAUUGAUGCAGCAUACUUUGCCAUGGCUUUUCUUAAUUACACUAACAUUCCUGUGGUGGUGACAGAAACAGGUUGGCCAUCAAAAGGUGACUCCAAUGAACCUGAUGCAACAGUGGAAAAUGCAAACACUUACAACAGCAACUUGAUCAAGCAUGUGCUUAACAUAACCGGAACUCCAAAACACCCCGGAAUUGGUGUUAGUACUUUCAUCUAUGAGCUCUACAAUGAGGAUGCAAAGGCAGGACCAUUGUCAGAGAAAAACUGGGGCUUAUUUGAUGCAAAUGGAAAACCUGUUUAUGUUUUGCACUUGACAGAAUCAGGAGGAGUGUUGGCAAAUGACACCACCAAUCAAACUUACUGUGUUGCUAAGGAUGGUGCUGAUCCUAAGAUGCUGCAGGCUGGAAUAGAUUGGGCUUGUGGACCUGGCAAGGUGGAUUGCUCUCCUUUGCUGCAAGGACAACCAUGUUAUGAACCAGACAAUGUGGUUGCACAUGCAAAUUAUGCUUUUGACACUUACUAUCAUCAGAUGGGAAAGUCUACUCAGUCUUGUGAUUUCAAUGACAUGGCUACAAUCUCCACCACCAAUCCAAGUCAUGGAUCCUGUGUAUUUCCAGGAAGUCUUGGAAUCAAUGGCAGCUUCCCCAACGUCACGUUAUCAUCACUGAAUUCCACAAAUUCAGUUUCUUCUGCCUCCAAUCUCCAUAGUGGUGAAUUGGGAAUUAGAAGCCUUCUAAUGGUGAUAGUACUUCUACUAUGGGGAGUGGUUUUGCUAUAAACUUAUGAACGUCAGAAUAUGCAUUGUUUAUUUUAAAAAUUAGCGGUAGAUAAGAAGGCGAUGUUAUAUGCUAGUUGGGUUGCAUGCUCUCUUAUUUGCCCAUGCAAUUUUGUACAAUAGGAGCGGUAGCAACACUUUUUCUCAGGUAAUACAUUCCUUUUGACACAUUUU